AUAACAACAUGGCACCGCCUCCUCCCUCCCUCCCUCCCUCUCUCUCUCUCUCUCUCUGGGCAAUGCACCAGAGUCUGUUGCGAACUUCCAUAAUCACCACAGCUAUGGGGUUCCGUUACCUCUAAGGAAAGCCAAGAUGGCUUGCAGCUAAUUGAGCCUUUUGAACUUGUUCGUUAUUCUUCCUUCUGAACAAAAAUGAACUUCACUUUGGGCGCUUUACCUUCUGAGAUAACACCUCCAUGCUUCGAAGUGUUGCUAAGGAAAAACAUGAAAGUGCCUAAACCUUCUAUUAGGGUUGGUAAGACCAUCAGGAAAGACAAGUUUCAAGUGUUAAAUAAUGAAGCUCGAGAGGUAGUGGUUUCUAGUGAUAUGGAACCGGGACACUUGGACUUAGUAUAUAUGGGAAAGAGAAGGUUGGAGGAGCCAACUCGGAAGCUGGAAUUUGUGCGGACAUUGUUGAUUGACAACUAUGAUAGUUACACGUACAAUAUUUACCAAGAGUUGUCUAUCAUUAAUGGAUUACCUCCAGUAGUCGUUCGGAAUGAUGAAUGGACAUGGGAAGACAUGUACCAUUACUUGUAUGAAGAACAUGCCUUCGACAAUAUUGUCAUAUCACCAGGUCCUGGCUCUCCAACAUGCUCAGCAGAUAUAGGAAUAUGUCUUAAGCUGCUACUUGAGUGCAGGGACAUACCUAUUUUGGGUGUUUGCCUUGGGCACCAGGCUUUAGGCUACGUGAAUGGUGCUCAAGUUAUCCAUGCAUCUGAACCAGUUCAUGGACGUUUGAGUGAAAUUGAACACAAUGGAUGUAGACUAUUCAACAAUAUUCCUUCUGGCAGAAAUUCAGGGUUCAAGGUGGUUCGAUAUCAUUCCCUUGUGGUAGAUGUAGAAUCACUUCCAAAGGAACUCAUACCUAUAGCGUGGACCUCUUCCACUAAAACACUUCCUUUUCAUGGGACCCAAAAGUCUAAUGGUGGUGUCUCUCACGCUUAUCAAAGUCCAGUAUAUGACAAAAUAUCUGUUGAUUCUUCCUCAAGAAAGUCUAAAAAUGGAAGUUCUAGGCCUUCCUGUGAUUUGGACAUGAAGAGGGGAGAAGUCCUUAUGGGCAUAAUGCAUUCUACCAGGCCUCACUAUGGCUUGCAGUUUCACCCUGAGAGUGUUGCAACCUGUCAUGGGAGACAAAUAUUCAAGAAUUUCAGGGAAAUCACUGAAGAUUAUUGGCUCAGGUUGAGGUCGUCCUCCAUUGGCAAGGGAAAAUUCUAUCAUACUGCAUGCAUGCAGGUGCCCCAAUCAAACCGGCUGUUCAGAGAUAUACAAUUGAUGAAUAAGUUGGAUGAGAGUAAUUACCGCACCAUGCGCAAUAUUGCAAAUCCAUCACGUCAAAGCAGUCAUGGUAAAUUUUUGAAGUUGAAAUGGAAGAAGCUUGAGAGGUUGGCUAGUCAAGUUGGUGGAGCAAGAAAUAUUUUUUGUGAGCUGUUCGGAGAUCAUAAAGCAAAUAAUACCUUUUGGUUGGAUAGUUCAUCGAUAGAAAAGAAAAGGGCACGAUUUUCGUUUUUUGGGGGUAAAAGCGGCUCUCUCUGGAAGCAAGUCACAUUCAGAUUGUCAGAUCAAAGUGAUAUGACAUUUAAAGGUGGAGGCAAUUUGUUUAUUGAGGAUGCCCAGGGGUCUACUAGUUGUACAUAUUUGGAAGACGGUUUCUUUGAAUUUUUGAACAAGGAGCUCCAGUCUUUUUCUUAUGAAGAAAAAGAUUUUGACGGAUUGCCAUUUGAUUUUUAUGGUGGAUAUAUCGGUUACAUUGGGUAUAACCUCAAAGUUGAAUGUGGCGUGGCAUCUAACAGUCAUAAAUCAAGGACACCCGAUGCUUGUUUUUUCUUUUCAGACAAAUUUCUAGUGAUAGAUCAUCAAAAUGAUGAUGUUUAUAUUAUGUCCUUAACUGAGAGGAGCACUCUACAGACAGCAUGGUUGGAUCUUGUAGAGGAGAAGCUUUUGAGCUUAAAGGCUUCUGCAGCAGAAAAAGUUACAUCAUAUUAUUCGCAGCUUGUCUUGGAUACUUCAAAGGAAGUGGGGUUUCUGUCUGAGAAAUCUAGAGAGCACUACAUUAAAGAUGUUGAGAAAUGUCAGAAUUUUAUUAAGGAUGGGGAAAGCUACGAGUUGUGUCUUACAACUCAGAUGAGAAAGAGAAUAGGGGAAAUAGAUUGUAUGGGUCUGUACCUUAAGCUUAGAGAAAAGAAUCCGGCACCAUAUGCCGCUUGGCUAAAUUUUUCAAAGGAAGACUUGAGCAUCUGCUGUUCUUCACCUGAGAGGUUUCUGCGAUUGGAUAGAAAUGGUAUUUUGGAAGCCAAACCCAUCAAAGGUACUAUAGCUCGUGGUUCAACACCAGAGGAAGACGAACUGCUCAAAAUGCAGUUGCAAUGCAGCAGUGAAAAGGAUCAGGCUGAAAAUCUAAUGAUUGUUGACCUUCUAAGGAAUGACCUUGGUCGUGUCUGUAAGCCGGGCUCUGUUCAUGUGCCCCAUCUUAUGGAAGUGGAAUCCUAUGCAACUGUUCACACGAUGGUGAGUACCAUCCGGGGAGAAAAGAGAUCAAAUGCUACUGCUGUGGAUUGUGUCAAAGCAGCGUUCCCAGGUGGCUCAAUGACAGGAGCACCAAAGUUGAGGUCAAUGGAACUCCUUGAUUCUCUUGAAACUUGUUCUAGGGGAAUCUACUCUGGCUCCAUAGGGUUUUUCUCGUACAAUCAAACGUUUGAUCUUAACAUUGUGAUAAGAACAGUGGUUAUUCACGAGGGUGAGGCUUCCAUAGGAGCAGGAGGUGCUGUUGUCGCUCUUUCGAAACCGGAAGAGGAGUACAACGAAAUGAUUUUGAAAACAAGAGCCCCUGUUAAUGCUGUUUUGGAAUAUCAGCGCGGAUUACAGUGACUAGAGGGUGAUUUGAUCAUUCUUUUUCUGGGUUCAAGAUUUUGUGUUAGUUUUCUGUAUGGUGAAAGACCUAAAAUUGAAAUUCUGAAGCUGUAACAUGAGAUAUCUGAAGGUGGCUUGCUGAGAACUGCAGCCUAUGUUGUAACAUACUAUUGGAGUUUCUCACAGGGUUUCAUGAUUUGCUUUGUUUGAAACCAAUAAUGUUGAAGUGUUUUUACAUGAAAAUACCCCAAUCAUGUGGUGUUGGUUUGCAUUUU